CUUUGUUGGGCUCUUUGAUUUAUUUAUUCCCUUCUUCCACCUUCCUAGAUGCAUUCUUGCUAACAUUCUUUAAUUUGCUUUGAUUCCUCUCUAGCUAGCUAUCCCUUAUUCCCUGAAUGAACCAAUGAAGCAACAAAUUGCUCUUCUUUUCUCUGUUCUCCUUCUUUCAUCUUUCUUAGCUUCUGCUCGUCUCCAUGUAGCACCAGAAGGUCCAAGAAAAGGUGAAAAGGAAGUGAAGGUCGAUGAUAAUGCUAUUACUCUUUCAUAUGCUGAGUCGAAAGAUGAUAUGGAAGAAUUAAAGGGAUCAGAAGCAUGCUAUGAGGAGGAUCAAGAAUGCUCUAGCAGAAGGAUGAUUGCAGAGGCCCACUUGGAUUACAUCUACACCCAACACUAUAAGCCCUAAAAAGAGUGCAUCCUUAGUUCAAAUGCAGAGCACUAACUAAGCAUGAGUUGGAUAUAAAUUAAUUUCAAUAUUAAUCCGAGAUAUGAAAAAGCUUUGUGCUUCUGACUUUGUGCUUAGGAAACACAUCGAAUAAAUGUUCAGUGUCGCAUGAAAACGUCAGUUUAGACUUUAGAAUGUGUUGUAUAUACUGGCAAGUGCAUCAGUCAUUGCAACUCUGAAACUUUACUAUGUCCAUGUUGAUACAACAUAUCCAUGAAGAUUAUAAUUGAAAUCGAACACAAUAAUUACUGAA